AUGUCUUCGAGCCAGCCAAACACAAAGGCCCCGUCGCUCCCCGCCGGAGAGCACAAGGCCCGUGGGGCGAAUCGCUCGACGAAGGUCGCGGGCAAGCUGAAGGUCCUCCCCGACCAGGUCGAGCCUGUGCUGCCCAAGACGCCUGCCGAGACGAGCGCACCGCCAAAGGACAGGAUAGUAGAGGAGACCGAGGAGCAGCUCGAAGACGACGAAGGCGACGACGAGGGUGACGACGAGGACGAAGACGAAGACGACGAACCCGAGGCAGCCGAGGUGUACAACCAGAUCGACCGCAUACCCGCCGGGACUGCGCGCCGCGAUGCGCUGCGCCUGACGAAGCGCAAGGCCAAGCUGCUGCCCCGCGUCACCGCCUACGCCACUGCAGGCUCGUACCGCUUCCCAGAGCUCAUGAAGUUCUUCAACGCCCGCCGCUCGUCGUACCACACGAACCCCCGCAUCAUCGACGAGGCGAUCCACACGCCGUACGCGUACGACCCCCCCGCGGAGGACGCGCCGGGCGCGCAGCGCCACGUCCGCUUCAGCACGCAGCAGAGCCAGACCGGCGACCUCCUCGGCGUCCCGGAGCUCGCACUCGGCGCCUGCGACGGCGACGGCGACGGCGAGGCCGCGCUCACGACACGCAAAAAACGCUCCCUCGCGCGCGAGACCCCAAAGGAAGCGGAGAUAUUCAUGUUCAAGUACGGCACCGUCGUUCUGUGGGGAAUGACGGAAGCCCAGGAGAGGCGGUUCCUGUCGUCCAUCAAGCGGUUCGAAGUCGACAAGCUAGCACCGCACGACGUGGAGAUGGAAGACCUGAAUUACUACUAUGCGAACUACAGCCGGAUAUACAACGAUGUCAUCACGCUCCGGGUGGGCUCGAGCUAUAUGACCAAGCUGUCCUUAUCACACGCGCUGUCUCAAUCGGUCAAGAUCUCAUUGUUUGAAGAACUCAUCUCGUCAACGAUAGAAGAGACGAAGGACAUUCCAGAAAUCAUCAGCGAGACAGGCAAAAUCGGAAUGCCUCACAAGGACAUCAUGCGGAAGAUCGGCGAGCUGUUCCUGUUGAGGACAAACAUAAAUUCCGUCGGAUCGGUGCUUGAUUCGCCGGAGGUAUUCUGGACGUACCCCGAUUUGCAGCCGCUGUAUGACGCUGCACGAGAUUACCUCGAGAUCCCGCAGCGAAUAGACCUCCUCAACACACGUGUCGAGGUCCUGCAAGACAUGCUGCAGCUCCUCAAGGAGACGGUGUCUAGCCGGCACGCGGAACGCCUGGAGCAAAUCGUCAUCGCUCUGAUUGCUGUCGAAAUCGGUGCGUGUGACACUCCUCUCCUCUCCGGCCCCUCUUGUGCUUCCCAGACAUCACCGCUCAUCUCUUUGUUCAAUGCCUGUGAAGUUUUGGGUAUUAUCACCAUCAUUGUGGACCUAUUCUCAUGA